UACAUAAUCGGUUGCAGUUGGGUGGAUCGUCAUUCGUAGUUGUACAUUCAGGAAGAGAAGUUCGCCGAUUGAUUUCGGGUGCGGGUCAGUGCCAAGGGUUUCAGUGGUCUUAUUAGGUCUAGGGUGAGGAGUGAACUAGCACAACAUAGUCAGUAGUAAAGUCGCAUCCAAAAUGCAUGCUUUUGGCAAGAUCCUAGUGGCCCUAUCAGUGAUUAGUUUGAUAGCGGCUGAGAUCUACUUCGAGGAAGGAUUCAAAGACGAUUCAUGGGAGACAAACUGGGUUCAGAGCGAACACAAGGGAGUGGAGUACGGAAAAUUUGUUAGGACUGCCGGCAAGUUCUUCAACAACGAGGAAACCGAUAAAGGCCUUCAAACCUCGCAGGACGCCCGUUUCUACGCGCUUUCGCGUAAGUUCGAACCAUUCUCGAACAAGGAUGACACCCUGGUGAUUCAGUUCUCGGUUAAACACGAGCAGAACAUUGACUGCGGUGGUGGCUACCUGAAGGUGUUCGAUUGUGCCGUGGAGCAGAAAAAUCUGCACGGUGACUCGCCGUACCUGGUUAUGUUCGGUCCGGACAUUUGUGGUCCCGGAACCAAGAAGGUGCAUGUUAUCUUCAGCUACAAGGGCAAGAACCAUUUGAUCAACAAGGACAUUCGCUGCAAGGACGACGUUUACACUCACUUCUACACGCUGGUGGUGAAACCGGACAACACCUACGAAGUGUUGAUCGACAAUGAGAAGGUUGAAUCGGGAUCGCUGGAGGAAGAUUGGGACUUCCUGGCGCCGAAGAAGAUCAAGGAUCCGGAAGCCAAGAAACCGGAAGAUUGGGACGAUCGCGCUACCAUUCCCGAUCCGGAGGACACCAAGCCGGAAGAUUGGGACAAACCCGAACACAUUCCGGAUCCUGAUGCCACCAAACCGGACGAUUGGGACGACGAAAUGGAUGGCGAAUGGGAACCACCGAUGAUUGAUAACCCAGAAUACAAGGGUGAUUGGAAACCGAAACAGAUCGACAACCCGAACUACAAGGGCGUCUGGGUGCAUCCAGAAAUCGACAAUCCGGAGUACACAGAAGACAAAAACCUGUACCUGCGGGAAGAGGUUUGCGCCGUUGGUCUGGAUCUGUGGCAGGUUAAGGCUGGCACAAUUUUCGACAACUUCCUGAUCACCAACGACAUAGAAGAGGCCAAAAAGGCAGCAGCUAUAUUCAAAGACACCCAGGAGGGCGAAAAGAAGAUCAAAGAAGCCCAGGAGGCUGAAGAACGCAAGAAGGCCGAGGAAGAAGCUAAAUCGGCUGAAGCCGAGAAGGACGACGAAGAUUUGGACGAUGAAGAGGACGAUGACAAUACAACGGGCGAGGCGACGGAAGUGGACGAAGAGGGACACGAUGAGCUGUAAGCUCCAGCAGGAAAACGAUCUUCUGUCAGGGGAUGUGCAUUUAACGUCACUAUCUAGUAUGACCUUUUUAAGUUUCAUUUCCCUUCCAUUUCGUUUCCUAUCUUUUUUGUUGUGCAACAGUAAGAAGACUAUGUUCAAAUAGUCACUGUUAGUUAUCUGAGACGAGUCAGCGAGUUUUUUGCGAGCAAAAUACCUAAACAAGCAAAGGUCUUUUCGAAUCAACGUUUAAUGCUUAAAUUGAAUGAAAAAGUCUGAAUAAUCAUUUUAAACUGGGUUGUUGUGUUAAUGGAGAAAAGGUAGUCGCAACUUCAAAACACGACUUGUAGCUGGGAGAACGUGUAACACAAAUUACCCUUUGUGACUGCGACUGAAUGAAAACAUGAUUUAGGUGUAUGAUGUGCGUGUAUAUAAGUUUUCUCUGUUUAAUUCAAAUUGAAUUACUUUUAGAAGUAUAGGAGGAAAAAACUGAAUAAAACCGGCUGAAUAUUUAAACUGA